UCCAAUUCACUUCAAUUUGCACUACUUAAACCUUCUACCAUCAUAUCAUAUAUUUCCUACUUAGAAAACUAUAUACUAAAAUAUUAUUAUUAUUAUUAUGGUGAGUGUAUCUGAAAUUCGCAAGGCUCAAAGGGCUGAAGGCCCUGCAACCAUCUUGGCUAUUGGUACUGCAAAUCCACCAAAUCGUAUUGACCAGAGUACUUAUCCCGAUUUCUACUUUAAAAUAACAAAUAGUGAACACAAGAUCGAACUAAAAGAGAAAUUCCAACGCAUGUGUGAUAAAUCUAUGAUCAAGAGUAGAUACAUGUACCUAACAGAAGAUAUUUUGAAAGAGAAUCCAAACUUUUGCUCUUACAUGACACCUUCUUUGGAUGCUAGGCAAGACAUGAUGGUUGUGGAGGUACCUAGACUAGGAAAGGAGGCUGCAGUAAAGGCUAUAAAAGAAUGGGGUCAACCAAAGUCAAAGAUUACACACUUAAUUUUUUGCACCAUAAGUGGUGUUGACAUGCCUGGUGCUGAUUACCAACUCACAAAACUCUUAGGUCUUCGUCCAUAUGUUAAAAGGUACAUGAUGUACCAACAAGGAUGUUUUGCAGGUGGCACUGUGCUUCGUUUGGCGAAAGACUUGGCUGAGAACAACAAAGAUGCUCGUGUGUUAGUUGUUUGUUCUGAAGUUACUGGAAUCACAUUUUGUGGGCCUAGUGAGUCUCACUUGGACAACCUUGUUGGACAAGCAUUAUUUGGAGAUGGAGCUGCUGCAGUUAUUGUUGGCUCUGAUCCAAUUCCUGAAAUUGAGAAACCUUUAUUUGAGUUAGUUUGGACUGCACAAACAAUUGCUCCAGAUAGUGAAGGAGCUAUUUGUGGUCAACUUCGUGAAGCUGGACUAUCAUUUCAUCUUCGUAAAGAUGUUCCUAAAAUUGUGUCAAAGAAUGUUGAAAAAGCAUUGGUUGAGGCAUUUCAACCAUUAGGCAUAUAUGAUUAUAACUCAAUCUUUUGGAUUGCUCACUCAGGUGGACCAGCAAUUCUAGACCAAGUUGAACAAAAGUUAGCCUUGAAAGCUGAAAAGAUGAAAGUCACUAGGGAAGUUCUUAGUGAAUAUGGUAAUAUGUCAAGUGCAUGUGUACUAUUUGUCUUAGAUGAAAUGAGAAAGAAAUCAGUGCAAGAUGGAUUUAAGAGCACAGGAGAAGGGCUUGAAUGGGGCGUCUUAUUAAGCUUUGGUCCUGGACUUACUAUUGAAACAAUUGUUUUGCAUAGUGUGGCUAUUUGAGAUGCUUUAUUGUUUUUUUAAUAAAAUAUCCUUGCAAUUUUAAUAAUUUUGAUAAAUUACUAAAAUAAAUCAUCUUUGUUAAUUGAAUCCAACUUGUUAGGGUGUCUUUAAGUAUUCCUUUUGUGAGUUGGAUUGUUUGGUUUUACUAAAAGACUCGUGGGAAAUAAAGUUGAGGAAAUAUUUUU